CAUUCCUCAUUCAGCAGCGAAGAGCUACAGCUGGUACAAGAAUGGCACUUCAGCAGCCGUGUACAGAUCAUCAUGGAACAACACGUAUAACUUUGACGCCAUUCGACCUGAACACGGUGGAGAUUACUACUGUGUGGAGACAACUGCCUGUGGCUCUCAGACCUCUGAUCCCAUCAACCUUGAGGUUGCCUAUGCUCCAAGGAACACCACGGUUGAGGUGACUCCCCCUGGUCAGAUACGUGAGGGGAGCAGUGUGACCCUGACCUGCAGCGCUGAUGCCUACCCACCACCAUACAUGUACAGCAUAUACAAGGCAAAGAAUGAGAAAUCUACACGACUGGUGCAGAUGAGAACGAAGACUUUUAUCAUUCUCGCGACCCGGCUUGACGACUCUGGAGAUUACUACUGUCGAGCAGAGAACACGAUUGGUCAGCAGGACUCCCCGGUGGUGUCUGUCCAGGUGUCAUAUGCUCCAAGGAACACCACGGUUCUGGUGACUCCCCCUGGUCAGAUACGUGAGGGGAGCAGUGUAACCCUGACCUGCAGCACUGAUGCCUACCCACCACCAUACACCUACAGCUGGUACAAGGCAGGGGCAAUGAUUCCACAAGAGGACAGAGAGAAUCUCACCUUCAGCAAUAUCCAGCCUGAGAACCAUGGGCAGUACUACUGUCAAGCUGUGAACGCUAUUGGUCAGCAGGACUCCCCUUCUGUAUCUGUUGAGGUUUUAUAUAAACCAGUGAAGACAGCCAUUUUGAAUGCACCCAGGGGGGUGAUUCACAAAGGGGUCUCAGUGUCUCUAACCUGCAGCAGUGAUGCCAACCCACCUGUGGAGAACUAUGCCUGGUUUAAGAAUGAGUCCUCCUCUCCAGUAGGAUCAGGACAGCAGUUCACCAUCUCCAACAUCAGCUCUGAGGAUGCAGGACAGUACUACUGUGAGGCCAGGAAUACACAUGGGGCCGGGAACUCGCCCCCGGUAUCCAUCACAGUUGAAGCGGAGCAGAGCCAUGUAAUGUUUGCAGUGGUGGCUGCCGCAGUGUGUGGAGUGCUAUGUCUACUCUGUGUGACUCUCUUCGUCAGUUGCUGUGUUAAACGCAGGAAAGAAGGCAGAAUGCAAUCAGGACAAGAUCCGGUGCGCCUUCUCGCCUUCACUGUUUUGCAGACAGGAAGUGGACAACUUGAUGUGAUCAACUUGAACUCCAACACCACCCAACCUGACCUAGUCUACCAGAACCCUGGCACUAUCCAACCUCAUGCAGUCAUACCAGAGCCUGAACCCCAAAACCAUUCAACCUGA